AUGAGCUUCAAUCCAGAGCAUAAGAGCGAGCACUUGAAUAUCAUCGGUUCAGGAGUCCUCGGUCUCACUUGCGCUCUAGAAAUAGCGAAAGAAAAAGGACGUUACACUAUAACCAUCAUCACUGCGGAUGCCGAUUCAUCCACUUGGUCACCAUCGGCUCCACCAAAAAUUGAGAAAGUCGCCGAGGACUUUGCUUCACCUUGGGCAGGCGCAUAUUGGCAAUCAUUUGUAGCGACUAGAGAUCCUAAGACGUUCAACGAAAAAAGAUUACAAGAUUGGGAGAAAACUUCCUUCAAAGAAUUAUGGAAAAUCUCAGAGACGGACAAAUCAAUUGUGAUGGUGAAAUAUUUGAUUCUUGGAGUUCUCAGCCCAAGGGAUGUGUUCGUUGAAACAUCUCAACACUAUUCCAGCAAACCGAUUGUCACGAAUAUUUUGAUGAAGAACUUAGUGACCAUGAGUUACCUUGGUACACCGAUUUGUGUCCAGAGGUUGGCUAAAGUCUUUGCGAUUCAAUUAUGCCAGAUGGGCGUUCGAAUCGUUCACCAUCGCUUGAACUCGCUUGCGGAAGCCUUCGAAGGCAAUAACACUCUUCAAAUUCCGCGCGCUGACAUCGUCAUCAAUGCGUCAGGUCUAGGGGCUGCUACCUUACUUGGUGUAGAAGACAAAUCUGUACAUCCCAUUCGUGGCCAGCUAGUUCUAGUCAAACCACCUCAGCCAAUAUGUUUCUCGACAAGAGAUUCUUCAAGGAAGACUUACAUCAUCUCUCGUCCUUCCGUUGACCCGGAGAUUGACGAGGAAGUAAUACUAGGAGGGUGCUACCAGGCUGAUAAUUUUGACCUUUCAGUUGACCCCGAUCUGACUAAUCACAUUCUGUGUGAGGCUUUCCAGACACGGCCAGACCUAAGUAGUGAUGGUACCCUACAGGGAAUACAUGUAUUGAAAGAGGUUGUAGCGCUUAGACCUGCUAGAAAGGAUGGAGCUCGACUUGAGGUAGAGAAAGUCGUCAUUUCUGGGGAAAACAAGCAUGCUGUACAUUGCUAUGGAAUUGGUGGUGCUGGGUUUCAGUCAAGUUAUGGUAUGGCACAGGAAGCAUUGGGAUUGAUUAAGGCACUUCGAGAGGGUCGGGAAACUGUUUAA